AAAGGCUUAAUUUUUCUUUGGCAUUACAGGUGCCAGUGAAAGCGUGGGAAAGCAUAUGCUUGAAGCAUGCAACAAUAAUCUGGAGAUGGCUGUCACCAUGUUUCUGGAUGGUGGAGGCAUAGCAGAGGAGCCUAGCACCAGCUCUGCAGGGGUGUCUGCUGUUCGACCGCACACUGAGGAUGAAGUACGAGCUCCAAUUCCUCAAAAACAGGAAAUUUUAGUAGAGCCUGAGCCCUUGUUUGGAGCUCCUAAAAGACGCAGACCUGCACGCUCAAUAUUUGAUGGCUUUCGGGAUUUUCAAACAGAAACCAUUCGACAGGAACAGGAGCUACGAAAUGGAGGGGCAGUAGAUAAGAAACUCACUACUCUAGCAGACCUCUUCAGGCCUCCCAUUGAUCUGAUGCACAAAGGCAGCUUUGAAACGGCCAAGGAGUGUGGUCAGAUGCAGAACAAAUGGCUCAUGAUAAACAUUCAGAAUGUGCAAGAUUUCGCCUGUCAGUGUCUCAACCGCGACGUCUGGAGCAAUGAGGCUGUGAAGAACAUAAUCCGGGAACAUUUCAUUUUUUGGCAGGUAUACCAUGACAGUGAGGAAGGACAGAGGUACAUACAGUUUUAUAAAUUAGCAGACUUCCCUUAUGUCUCCAUCCUGGAUCCCAGGACAGGCCAGAAACUAGUGGAGUGGCACCAGCUAGAUGUGACUUCUUUCUUGGACCAAGUGACGGGGUUUUUGAGUGAGCAUGGACAGCUGGAUGGCCAUUCUACCAGCCCUCCCCAAAAAUGCUCUCGUUCAGAGAGUCUCAUUGAUGCCAGUGAGGACAGCCAGUUGGAAGCUGCUAUCAGAGCCUCGUUACAGGAGACGCAUUUUGAUUCCUCACAGGCCAAGCAGGAGAGUCGGUCAGAUGAGGAGUCCGAGUCAGAGCUUUUUUCUGGAAGCGAAGAGUUUAUUUCGGUUUGCGGAUCUGAGGAGGAGGAGGAAUCGGAGAAUCCUGCCAAGUUGAGGAAGUCUCCGCACAAGGACUUGGGAUAUAAAAAAGAGGAAAGUCGGAGGGCUCAGCCUGAGCCCCCUGCAAGGACUGAGCCUGGGACAACAUCGAAUCACAGAGUACUGCCCUGUAUUGAUGCAGGGAUACUGGAGGAGUCAACUGACAAGCCUGAAAGUACGUUUCAGGGCCUAGAUGUGAAUGGACCAAAGGCACAGCUGAUGCUAAGGUAUCCAGAUGGAAAGAGGGAACAAAUUUCACUGCCCGAGCAAGCUAAACUUCUGGCUCUUGUGAAACAUGUCCAGUCAAAAGGAUACCCCAAUGAACGCUUUGAACUUCUCACCAACUUCCCUCGAAGGAAACUUUCCCACCUGGACUAUGAAAUCACGUUACAGGAGGCAGGCCUGUGUCCUCAAGAGACUGUCUUUGUGCAGGAAAGGAAUUAGCACCGUGGCCUGAGUUCUCCCAGCCUUCCUCCCUUCUCUUCUUUGCCUGGGACACCAACUCAUUAAAUAUGCAGUUGAGGGUCAUAGGAUUGCAGUGCUGAAAUCAGGCAGGCAGCUGGCUGGCCCUUCUCUCUCUUCUUCCCUUCUCCUGCUCUAGUGACCAAAUGAGAGUGUUCAGAGUUUUAUUUCGUUCCUCAGCCUGGGCCCUGCGGAGAGCAUUGGGAAGAACAUCUUUCCUUUGUUUUCAUGGAAUAAAGUAAAAUGGUGAUCUGUGUAUCCAGUAUGCUGGGGCUUGGAGUGGCCAUAAUACACAUACCCUUCUCGCUGCUAUUCUUAAAUCUGUUUUGUUUAAUUUAUUUUUGAAAAUAGUGUGUGAUAAGGCACUGAGUCAUCUCUCUGUAAGGAGAGAGUGUAAUCUUCAGUACAGUCUUUCCUUUGUUUUGAUUCUCUACACAAAAGGUCUCCAUUAACCUUACAGCCUUCUUAAGGGUUCACUUGUCUAGUGCUCUGUGAAAACUUGGGUUUUGGGAAGGAGUUGGGUUGAGCUGUGGUGAGAUACUUUGCCUCCAUCUAAUUUAAAGGCUUCUAGAUUGCAUGCAUGUUUUCCUCCUGCUUUAAAUGCUGCCAGUGGACACAG